AUGAUACCCCCAGGUUUCCUCUUUCUGCUCCUCCUCACAGAUGGGGCGUACUCUCAGGAUAACUGCAGUUAUCAAGAUGUUUUAAACUACCUGAACCUGACCAAAAACAAUGAGCUGUACUUCAUGACCCGGCCUGUUAAAAACUACAAAACCCCCACAAAGGUACAACUGGAGGUUCUGCUCUAUGCCAUUCUAGAUGUGGUAGAGAAAGAACAAAAAUUUAUUCCUUACGUCUGGACUUACAAGAGGUGGCACAAUGAAUAUAUUUCCUGGGAUCCAAAUCAGUUUUGUGGAAUUGAUAAUGUUUCUCUUCCUGCUGAGAUUAUGUGGAAGCCAGAUCUUGCUAUUGAAGAGAUGACAGAGAUGGACAAAGCACCUCUGAGUCCUUAUCUCUCUAUCAACAAUAAAGGUUAUGUUGAAGUCCAGAAUGAUCAAGUGCUGGUCAGCACCUGCAGGAUGCACACCUACAAUUUCCCCUUCGACAUACAGAGCUGCAACCUCUCCUUCAAGUCUGUCAUACACACUGCCAAGGACAUUCGGCUUGUGCCACUCGACAAUUCUUCAGAGGCCACAGACUGGUCUCGGGAUAUGAUGCUGACCCAAUACGAGUGGCUGUUCAUCAACAUGAAAGUCACCUUCAAAAACGCCAGCGACUUACAAGACCAAGACAUCAUCAUUUACACUAUCAACAUGAAGAGGAGGUCAGUGCUCUAUAUUGCCAACUUCAUAUUACCUGUCCUGUUUUUCUUGGGUCUGGAUUUGGCCUCCUUCUUGAUCUCAGACAGCAGAGGUGAGAAGCUGAGCUUCAAGGUCACUGUGCUGCUCGCUGUCACUGUGUUACAACUUAUUCUGAAUGAAAUCCUGCCUGCCUCGUCAAACAGGAUCCCACUCGUAGCGAUCUACUGCAUUGGGAUUUUUACUCUGAUGAUGCUCAGCCUCUUGGAGACAAUUUUUGUGAUGUACCUGAUGGAGAAAGAUUCUGCAUCCCAAGACAAUGAGACAAAUGAAGACCGAAGCACAAGUGAGGACUGCAACCAACAGGGAAAGGCCAACUUUCUGAAAUGUUAUGGAGAGGUGCACAAAUCAACUCAGAACACAUGUAUCUAUGAUGGUGCUGGUGAAACUCAGACUGAAUUGCUAUCCAUCACCAAAGAGCACAACAGCAGCAAGCAAGUGGAGGAGUACCAGGCCUUGGAGAAGGUCUCAGGUGAGCUGAGGGAGAUGGAGAAAACACUGACUCUGCUCCUCGACAGCAGGAAGGAAGAGGUCAAGCCCGGCUACUGGACCAGAGGGGCUAAAAGAAUUGUCAAAUGA